GGUUAUGCGCAGUGGAACAUUAUUGACAACAAAAUGCCGUCAGAAAGUCCAAUGGUUCCUGCACAGACGGAGAAACCUCUACAUUAUAUGUAUUUAAAAGAGUUUCGAACAACUCAGUGCCCCCUCUUCUUGCAACACAAAUGUACCCAGCACAGACCUUACACUUGCUAUCGCUGGCAUUUCAUGAAUCAAAGGAGACGUAGACCCGUUCGUCGUCGCGAUGGCACCUUCAACUACAGUCCAGAUGUAUACUGUACCAAGUAUGACGAGACAACCGGUGUAUGCCCGGACGGAGACGAUUGCCCAUUUUUACACAGAACUGCUGGAGAUACAGAAAGAAGAUACCAUUUACGCUAUUAUAAAACAGGCACCUGUGUAUAUGAAACAGACUCUAAAGGGAACUGUGUGAAAAAUGGCCCCCAUUGUGCUUUUGCUCAUGGAGCUAAUGACUUAAGACCUCCAGCAUAUGAUGUGAGGGAAUUACAGUCUAUAGAUGUAGACAAGAGUUCCACUGCAAGUGGCAGCUCCUCUCUAUCGCAAUCAGGAACACCUAGCAGUUUAGAAAAAGAAAAAAUUCUGGCUGAAGACCCAAGAUGGAAUGAUACAAAUUAUGUGUUGGCCAACUAUAAAACAGAGCAGUGUAAAAGACCCCCACGGUUGUGUAGACAAGGAUAUGCAUGUCCAUCAAACCACAAUUCUCGGGACCGGAGAAGAAGCCCAAAGAAACAUAAAUACAGAUCCACCCCUUGUCCUAAUGUUAAACAUGGCGAUGACUGGGGAGACCCUAUGCAGUGUGAGAAUGGAGACACCUGUGCAUAUUGUCACACAAGGACAGAGCAACAGUUUCACCCCGAGAUUUACAAAUCAACCAAAUGCAAUGAUAUGGUGCAGACUGGAUACUGCCCUAGAGGACCUUUUUGUGCCUUCGCCCAUGUUGAACAGGAGAUAACUACAGAUAGGAAUUUGUUAUCCACAAGUGAAAACUCCUUAGCUGCAUUUGUAUCAACAGUAUUGCCAUCUAUGACAAUGGAAAGUGGACUGAUGCAGUUGAAUACAGAUUCCAUACCUGCAUUAGUACAGAAUUUAGGGAAAGAAAAUCAAAACAUAAAACCAAUUCAAAAUUUGAAUGGAUCAUCAAAAUUUCCAGAUCCUAUUGGUAAAGAACGUGGCAACAGUUUUCAAAUUAGUAACAACAUACAAGGAAAUGCAAACAGCAACACAAGCAGUCCAAUGCCAGAGCCAAUUGGAAAGGGCCGAUCUGGUAGCACCUCAAGCAGUAUUAAUUCAGAACUAGGUAGUCCAUGGUUUUGUCAGAAAGCACCUGGGUCAGAGCGAGAUGAUUUGCAGGCAAAAUUAUGGCAACAGCUGUCAACGAUAGACAAUGAUAACUCUUUAGAACAAGCUGAAAAACUGAAGAGGAAGCAAAACCUAGUGUUAGUACAUUCAAUGAGUCAAAAUGGAAUCAACAGUAUACCAACAUUGUCCACCUCCCUCAGCAAUUCAGGAAUGCAUCAGGCCCUGUCUCCAUCCUCCAUCAUGUCUCCCCUAGCUCCAGCAUUUUACCCUACCGGAGACAAUGUGACCAUGGCUCCUGCGAUGUCCACCUCCACACCCUCCUUCUACCCAGCUAUAGAUACUGUGGAGUCAGUCAUAGGCCAUGCCUUAGGAGAUCUUAAUCUGGAUGAUAUAGAUGUCAACAGCAUUGACAAAGAUGUAGACAAAGACAAUGACACAAAUUCCUUAAGCAGCUCGCUGAGUGCAGGUAUCCCAUCAUCAGGGUUCGGCCCUUCCUCUGUUCCUAUAGGUAUACCACCAGGUGGCCUACCAAGGGGAAGCAUCAGCAGUCUUUCUCAGUCUCCACCUUCUCCCUAUGGUAGUUUUAAUCUCCCUAUCCUGUCGAUGCCACCACCUACCAAGCUAGAAUCUGAACAUAGUUCGUCCUAUUUAAACAACAAGUUUUCAUAUUCGGACUUCAAUUCAAUGUCACCGCGGAAUGGUCCUGGUGGUCCCCACUCCCCUCUGUACUCGUCCUCAUCUUCAAAUCUCUCCAACAGUGCCCAUACUACAGAACUACAGAAGCUGAAAGAUGAUUUCUCACACAACAAAACUCGUCUGGAACACUGGGAACAGGCCUACACACAGGCCAAAUGUGCUUGUGAAGCAUGGAAAAAAGAAGCUGAAGAGUCUUUAAGAAAAGCGAAAUAUUAUGAUGAUGAGAGAUUAAAUGCUGUUAAACAGCGGGAUGAGGCCAUUAUACAUGCCAAAAGGCUGCAGCAAGAUGUAGAUACCAAACCGAACGGUCCACAAAUCAGAUUUCUUCAGAGAGUGAAUGAAUUGCCAUCCUUAGGAAUCCCUCAACUACAACAGCUUCACCAGCAGUUAACACGAGAUUUGAAAACAUUAGAUGGGUUAAUAGUAUUCCAUCAACAGAAUGUGAAGUGUAUGAUAUGUCUGGAGAAGGAUAGGACCGUUACAGCCAGGUUACAAUGCAAUCAUCAGAUGUUUUGUGAAAUGUGUGUUACUAAGAUUAUGGAAUGUCCUGUGUGCCACACCCACAUACAGCGACCAAGCACAGGCUACAACAGGUUGUAAUAAUGGACUUGUUUAGGAUUUUCAAAUUUAUAAAUGAAAAUUGACUUGAAAAGUGCUAAUCAUCUCAUUUUCAUCAACAUUUGUUAUAGAUUUUAUUUUCUCAUUUUGUUGGAAUUAUGUUCUGAAUUUUUCUGUUGAGAAAUAUUGUACACUGGGAAUUCUUUUGUUUAUUCGUUAAUUAAGAGGGAAAAUGAACACGUUAAUGUGAUAAUUAUGUACUUUCUCAGAUUGAUUUUUUUUUAUAAUAAAGUACAAGGUGGACUUGAGCUUGUUCACAUAUAUAGUUCAGCAUGGUUAGUGCUAGUUUUCCCAGUUAACAAUUCUUCACACAGAAAACAAGACAUUUUUAUUUUCAUUUUACAAUUGUUAAGUUGAUACAUAUUGGUUUUUCUUAAACAGAUAAACUUUAAAUGCUUUCUCAGUAGGUUUUCAAUGUUUACUCAGAAUGUAUUAUCACUGGUUUGAUAACAACUCUGUUUCAUCUGCAAUAUUAUCAAGUAUAUAUUUAUAUGUCGAUAUAUGAUUAGGUAGAUAGUAUCCAAAGUUUCAUCAGUAUGAGUUUGUUGUAGAGUCGUUUUUGGUAGCAAAGGGUUUCAUGUUACAUCAUGCUAGGUCAAUCAAUUUUUAUUGUAUUUUGAGAAUGGUGAAGCAUGCUUACAAGGACAGAAUGGUAUUUCCCUCAAAGGAAUCUGGAGUAAUAUUGUAUAAUUAGAAGCUGAUCUUAUUAACAGUGUAUUAUCAACGAGCUUCAUUACUCAUCCUAGCUCAUUUUUGCCUCAUCCUAUUACUACUGUACACAUGUAUGUAGUUGUUUUUCAUUGAUGUGAAAUAGAUUUAGACCAGUCUGUCUUUUCCAUAUUGUUUUACAAAAUUAAAUUGUUUUAUAGUGGGAAAUAACCAUGCACGGAGAAGUUGACUAAACACACUUUCUGUGAAGUCUUGUUUCCUGAUACAUGGAUGCACUGUGAAAUUAGAUAUUUUCACAGGGCCCAAAUUUUAUAGUUUCCUGGAAGUUUCAUGGAUACGUAAAUUCAUGGAUUAUGAGAACUCAUCCAAAGGGAGAAAAGUUUUACAUCAAACUUGUCAUAACUUUAUUGACCUGUGAAUUUGUGGAUUAAGAUUAAUUUCUGAACCAAUAAAAUAUAUUUUAGGAAACCUUGAACAUGUUGGAACCAUUACCAGGAAACGUGCCAUGUUUUACAAGCCCUCACUUAUGGGUCAAGGUCACUAAUAGAGGUCAAAAAGCGAAAUCUAAAAAGAAUUGUCUAGACCAUUACAUCUUUAUCACAGAAGAUAUCGUUUUUAUUGAAACUGCCAAGACCUUGUAUUAUGUUUAGGAUCCUCAAUCUUGCAAAGGUCAAAGUUGAAAUCAAUUUUGCUUGUCCAGAGUAUAACUUUGUUGCAAAAGAUUUUGGAGCUCAAUUUCAUCAAUCUAGAUAUUGUCAAUGAAUUUUAGUUGCUAAUGCACUAUUAUUGGGUAAUACUAUAGGCCCAAGGUAACUCAUGGUCAGGUUCUAUAAAUCCUGACAAAUGGAUGUUACACAUGUCCUAGCAGGCUUCAAGUUCAUCGCCACAAUAUGUGGUCAAAAAUCUACUUUCUUAUUCUUGUGCUUUUAUAUUAAACAAUAAAUCAAAUAAGAUUUAAUAACAUUCUUGGACUUAAUCUUAAAUAGAUGUGUGUAUUGUACUUGUUUAAGAUAGUUAAGUGACAAAGACUCUCUGGUGAUGAGAUUUCAAUGAAAAUAUCUUGACAUUUUUAUAGACAGGCAUUCAUAUUCCCUUUGUCGUACCAUUGUUUAAACAAGCUGAUUUAUUUCCCAGCCAGUGGUUGAUCUGAUAAUGGAAGUAGUAGGAUGUUAUAACAAUAGAUUUUCCUAAAUCUACUGCAUUUACUCAUUCACUGAAUAUCAUUUGUAUAAAUCUGUCUUCAGUAUUUCCUGGCAAAGCAGAAAGUUUAAGCUCAUCCAUCAUAGCUCAGAGAGCAGAAAACCAGAUUUUAUCUUAAUGUUUCAUCUAUCAUUGAAGAAAUUUAGAUUUUUGAUACCUUUGAGUGAAAAAUAAAUAAAGGAGAAUGUAAUAUGUAACCAAGAUAUACCCAGAUUUAGCAUAAGGAAUCAUGUGACCUGCAGACUAUUAACCUGAGGGACAGUCACAUAUAUGCAUGCAAGAACGGUGCAUUUCAUCAGAAACGUAAAUAAGAAUCGGAUUUGAAAAUGUUUUAUUCAUGCAUACUGAUUAGUAUAGUUAUUGGUGAAGUUAAGUGAAAUCAGUUUUAGUCCCACUGUGUGUCAUUAGAUAUUUAUUAUCAUUUGUUUUGUUGAUCGAGUCCAUUUUGUUUAUUUACAUCGUCUAGUUUCCAAUUUAACCCCUGUUUUAAGUAGUCAUAGUCAUUAAAUUGGCCCUUGGAAACAAAACAACAAAGGCCUGAUUUCUGUACUGUUUUCGGUAUGAUUUCUGUACUGUUUUUGGUAUAAUUUGUGUUGCAUAUCCUGAAAUGUGUUGAUUUGCUUUAACCUGAAAUGAUAUGCAAGCUAUGUGAUUACUGUCAAGCAGUUUUUUUCUUUUGAACAACAUUGUCAUUAUUGAAAAUUGUAAUCAUACAUGUCAACCAUGAUCAUUUAAGACUUAAGGGUGCUUUGUGGCAGUAUUUGUAUCUUGAAGCACACACGAUGUGUAUAUGACAGUUGACUUGUGGCCAGAUCUUUAUCUUUUCCCUGUAUAACCAAGCCAUUCUGAACUCUUGUUUUUCACAUAGUCGAAAAUCUGAACUCUGAUCGCACUUAACUGAGUUGGUACAUAUAGUAGUUUUUGUUAAGUCUUGUGAUGUUUCAAAUCUCUGUACAGGAAAGUUUUUCAGGAAUGAAUCUAGCACUCGGCGUCACCAGUGGC